AUGCCUGAUUCCGCUCAUACGAGCAGCGCAUGCAAGGCAGGUGAUGUGGUAUAUCUUAAUCCAAACAGCCAGACGCCGAUCUCCUGCAACGAUGAGAUUCAGAACAACUGCCCAAAGAAUUUCCAAUUACAAGCCAAAUCUCUAAAACCAGUGCGAGAUGAUUCUGUUAAUCCUGGAACUUGA